UCUUUAAUCUAGUGCGGUAAUUUGCGCUGCACGCAUCUGACGCAUCUCUCAGCUCGCCGAUUUCGUUUUGACAGCCGGGGAAGUUCGCAGGCAUGAAGCACGUGGAAGAGGCAGCCGUGCGGGCUGUCGGAAAGGUUCUGAACGAUCGGAGCCGGCCUCUGAAGGAGCGCUUUCGAGCGCUGUUCACGCUGCGCAACUUGGGUGGCGAGUGCGCUAUCGAGAGCAUAGCCAGCUGCUUCACGGAUCCGUCGGCGCUGCUGAAGCACGAGUGCGCCUACUGUUUGGGCCAGAUGCGCGACCCCCGCGCCAUACCGACGCUCGAGAAGUUGCUGAGAGACAAGAAGGAAGAGCCGAUCGUGAGGCACGAAGCCGCCGAAGCGCUCGGAGCGAUCGGCGAGCCGCAAAGCGUCGGCGUACUGAGCGAGUUUGUCACCGACGAGACGGCCGUCGUGGCCGAAACGUGUCAGCUAGCGCUGGCUCGCAUCGCUUGGCUGGCGAGCGCCGAGAGCCAGCUCGAGGCUUUCGCCGACUCUCCGUACAGUUCGGUGGAUCCCGCGCCGCCGCUGCUGCCGGACGACGGGGGAGGCGUCGAGGAGCAGGCGCGAGUUCUGAUGGACAAGUCGGCGCCGUUGUUCGAACGAUACCGCGCCAUGUUCUCGCUGCGCAACGAAGGUAGCGAGCCGGCAAUACGGGCUCUAGCCCAGGGGCUCCGCUGUCCGAGCAGCGCGCUGUUUCGCCACGAGGUCGCCUACGUGCUGGGCCAAGCGAGGCACGAAGCAGCCGUCGAGCGCCUGGGCGAAGUGUUAGCGGACGAACAGGAGUGCGGCAUGGUGCGUCACGAGUGCGCAGAGGCUCUAGGCUCGAUCGCCACUGGAGACUGCUUCGACAUGCUGCGCCGCUUCGAAGCCGACGAGGAGCCCCUGGUCAGGGAGAGCUGCGCUGUGGCGCUGGACAUGUGCGAAUACGAGAACAGCUGCGAGCUACAGUACGCCGACACCCUGCUCAAGGUGCAACCCGAGGCUCUCAUAUAAAUAGAGAUAUUCCAUCCUUCCCCUUGUGUGUUUUCAUCGAAUUGUUACCCGAAUAGCCCCGUUUCGUGUAAUUUUGAUUACCCCUUGCUUUGGAUUUCGGUGUGCAUGCCGGCGUAGCCGAGGUUUGCACAGUACGUAGUCAUCGAUGGUAUUGAAUUUUGUUUUUAGAUAUGACUAUCUUUUUCGCUGAUACGCAGGGUUAUGCCGGUACAGAAUACCUGUCGCUUGAACUUUAAUAGUGACGUGGUGGGACUGCAGUUUUUCUUCUAGGGCAACAGCUGGUAGUGGUAUUGUUUCCUGUUUUUAAUUAGGCUCGUUAAAGUCAGUUUGCACGGGAGUGCGUUGCGUAUCUGCAAAAGGUCAGGCCCGCGCGAGAAUGUCUAUGAUUUGAUUUGUUGCCUGGAGUGCACACGCCCUCUGACACACAAGCAUGUAAUUUAAUUGGUCCUUAGCAUAGAAUGUGUCUUGGGAAUGCUUCAAUUGCCGUGCCAGCAUUCACAUUCUAAGUUGGUGUAUCUUGGGUCAGAUGCACACGGAACACACCCACACAACAUUUAUCCACUGGUACAUUACCUGUCAUACAACAUAUUUCACUACAGCAUUGAGGCCACUGCUACACAGGUUCUAGACCUCCCAAACCUUUGGGUGAUUCUUAUGAAAACACGAGAAUGUCAUACUGCCACUGCAUCAUGACUGCUUAAAAUCUUAAGGCUAACUUCUCGUCUUUUCAUGCAGUGCAAGCAUCCAAUGUAUUCAUCCUCAGCUUGCGUUGCUUUAACUAGCCUGAAAUUAUAUUUCCAGCUUCCCACCUGAACUUUGUUUUGUAUGUUCAGAUUCUGCUUGGUGUUGAACAGCAUUUUCGUACACUGACAGCAUUCAGUUAGUUUUCUGCUGCUUCACUUCGUAGUGAGGUGUUCUUGGCAUCAUACCAUGUCCUAGCAUCGCUAGUCAUGAAAACACAGCCUGCCGCUGUUGCACGAGUUUUUACACAUUAUGGUUACCCAGUAGUGCUGAGAUGGCUGGCAUUGAAGAGUCCUCGCUUUGUCAUGUUACCUUGUAGUUGUUGUGGAAGUGAGUCUGAUACUUCGAGAGCAGUUAGGACCCAGUUUUGUAAUAUUUCACACCAUGCGAAACAUUGACCUGCGUGGGUUAGGACUAGUAAGUACUGCAUGACAUACACCUCUAGCACAAAACAGGCAGCAGAAAGAUUGGCGUGGAGUAUGUGUGGGAUGUGAGUAGGUCUUAUUACCCUGACAUGGCUAUAGAGUGUUGUAGGUUUUACGCUUCAGAGCUGUGCAAGCACAUCUAGCAGUGUGAGGUUGUAUCGUGAGGUAUCCUGGCUGUUAUGUCUUAAUCUGUUUGUUCCAGCUUACAGAACAUUUGAGUUGGGAAAUCCACUUUUGACCCUCCAUACUGUUAAAGGGACACUAAAGCCAAAUAACAAUUUAUGUCAGAGUGAAAGCUCAAUGUAUGACAAUGUCUAAAAUGGCAAUAUUAUUAACAGCAGUGCCCUGCUUACCGAGAAAUUAAGCUAAAUGUAUCACACGAUGAGCGCCACGAGCGGCACAUUCUGGAAAUGAUCCCGAUGACGUGAGAGAGUUCGACUACAAUUAAUGACUCGUAAUCAAACUAGCUGCAAUAAAAAAAAGAACCUUCCGUGCACCAAGAGACAUAAUAAAAUACUGCUUGUUAAUUUCUGUUUGAUUCAUAGAAAAAAGAAUCUCUUUGGCAUUGCCAUGGGGAACGGCGCGUGUAGUUCAAAGGUUCUGUUUUCGCCAAACUACGCUUCGCCCAACGCCCUGCUUUGCUCACGUGGUCGCGUCUAAGUGGUAGUUUCGGUAUCGCAUAUGGCCGUGUGUGUUUUGCGCUCUCGGGAAAGUCGCUCUGACAGAAAGUUCGACAAAAUGCCACAUGCAUUUGAUGUUCCCGGAUGCUUGAAUGGCGCAUGUCGCCAGUGCACGCCACCGCGCAGUAAAGGCGGGCAACGUUGGGCACGGCAGCAGUGAUGUAAGAAACACCGCUUUCAGGCGGGUGAUUUUAAGUGGGCUAACGCGAUGCGGAUCACUAAAACGUGAUUUUAUUUCAAAAUAGGCACAAAAGUAGCACUACGAGGUUUCUGGACAGUUAUUUCAACAGUCAACAUCGACUUAAUAUUUGCCUUUAGUGUCCCAUUAAAGCAAUGUGUGUUCGGCCUAGUUGGUAAUUCUGUAACUGUUCUCUCUCGGAGUAACCAUUCUGGAUUGUUGUAGAACAAGACGCACGGCAACUUUCAAUUCCCUAUCUUUGAACUGUGCAUUCCCACAUAAUUUGUUCAGUGAACUGUCUGGGGUGCAUGUUUUGAAUCACAAAAGCACAUUCAGCAUUCUCAUGGUGCAUUCUCAAUUGCCUCCUUUCUGCACUUUUUUCAAAACAUUUGCAUCACAAAGGAUUCGGUGAGACACUUUAUUAGAGCGGCAGUGGUUCUGAGCCGAUAUCCCCUUAACUGUUCAAAAACAAGUAGAAGGGGCUAAGGGAAAUUUUCGAAUGAUUUCCAGCUGUUCAUACUGAUGAGAGACUUUAGCUCCACGAGUUGCCCCAGCACUGAUGUUGCGAUGCUUCCUGAAGCUGUAAAGCGCCCUGCCAUGUGCCUGAGCAAAAAUAUGUUGUUAUAUGUCAUGCCAUGUAGCACAGUAAACAGAGUGCAUACACGAGCUGCUGGUCACUUUAAGAGCUGCGUUAAUUAUAUAAAUGAGGUGUACGGGAUGUCACGACCAUGUUCUAAACUCUCCACUGCGUCUUGUGUUAUCAUCCUCGUGCUUCCUUGAGGACUCAAUUGCUACCUCAGUUUUCUUGUGUCAUGUUUCUAAGUCUGAGAAGGUAUGUUUCACUAGAGGCAUUGUGUGAAAAUGACGCAAGCUUACUAGUUAAUACCAUACUGGAAAAUAUCUUUGUGACAGCAGAUGGAGGCAGAAGGUUCGUUCUAGUGGAGAUGAGUAAUUUUCUUUUAUCAACUUUGUUGCGAAACACGCAGUACUCCGAAACCACUGUUCUUUCACUUGGUAAGCAUGCUGAGGCCAGUGGCCUUACACCUGAAUACAUUGCAUGUUGGCUGGAAGCCUUGUGCAUGGGUGACACUGGUUUGUGCACAUUAGCUUGUCCUGUAGGUGACUGUGCAGCUGUGUAAACGUCGUGCUCGUUUGCUCGACCACGUACGGAACAUCCUGCCUUACCUUCGUCCCUCGCUCUUUUGACAAUCUUCAAUCUUCUUUGUUGCAACACCUUGCUGUGUUCGAGUUCUGCACUGGGUUAGCUGGAUUACAUCCAUAAUGGCUAACCGCUUAGGUGAUGAGACGACAUACAUUUCAACAUCUGCUGUGUUCAUAUGUCAUUUGUACCCUACGUUCGCUGUUCUCAGUGUUGUGUAUUGCUGUUCUGGGAAACACAUUGAUUUCAAGGCCAACUCGGCAAAAUCUGUACAACUUGAGGUAGAUGAAGGAAUGUUAAAUGUUUCUUAGUAUUAUGAGCUGUUGAACCUUACUUCUUUUGGGGCCAGUGGCGGAGGGGGGGGGGGGUGUAGGUGUUUUUUUCUUCUCUAACGGUCAUCGUGAAUUGUGAAUCUGUGAAUAUUUCACCCAUUUUCGGACUUGACGUGAAUGAUGCCUGUGCCAAACUUGAGACAACUUGUACUUUAGAGAAAAUGCUAUUGUUUAUUGGCUAUUGUUCCGCAAAAGUGUCAAACAUGUGAUGGCUGCAUUUAGGCACGAUUGUCGUGUGCCCGAAUAUUUGCGUCGUAUCCGUACUGUCUGGAUUUUGUAUUGCACAACGGUCCAUUGUGGCAUGGACUGCGAACUAUUGACAAUAGCUUUGUGGCAGUACGCUCUCCGGUCGAAAAUGUCAAAAUAGUAGAAAUAAAACUGAUUUGGAAUAGAACUAGAACAUAUAUGGCUAGAGCUAUGUGGGUGACAUGACAUGCAUUCAUGUUAUGUUGACUCUACAGCUGUUUGAAGAAUGCAAAUUUGCACUGGAGGGGGGUGGAAAGAUGAGUUGAAUGCCAUUAGUGUAUUCCAUUCAAUUAUGCUAUCAGUCAGCCCCUCGGAUAGUGGAAUUUGUUUUUCUGCAGCUCGUGCUUCUUUUGCAAGGUGCUUAUUGCUUGUUUCAAGGCAAGGGUAAUGUGGCCGAUGCUAUGAUAGCAGUAACCUGCCCAAAAUUAGCUCAAGUCUGAAGGCCUCGUAGGGCUUCAAUGUCAACAAAUUUCACCUAAUUUACUGAUAUUUGCUACCUGGUGCUUAUGCUUCCCACACCAUUUAUUCAUAAAAAUCUUCAAAUUUCACUGCACUGCUGGUCAACCCUUGAUGGCAGUCAUUCCUCAUAUUUUGGUGGGCGGAAUUUGACUAUCUUUCCUCUUUACUUUUUAUUCGUUUGGAUUUAUAUUUAUAUAUAGUUUAUAUCGUGAAAGCCAGUUCAGUUUGCCCACAUCCUGGAGGUUCUGCUGUAGGGUUCUGUAAUUGAAGAUUGUUGACACUGGCCUUGUAAAUAUUGACUUUUUCAACAAGCAAGACAGAUCAGCCUAUCACUUUGUGUUUCAUACCGAGUUCAGCGAACGAAGGGCAAUUUUUUCUGAGGUGCUUGUUUCUUUGUUAGACACAAUCAAAUGAAUACAACAGACAGUUUGGCCUAGGAAAGCAUAGGGCACAUCAGUUUUUGUCUUUGACUUUAGUGUAGUAAUUAUGACAAAUUGCAAUGAAUUGAAGUUUUCAAAGUAGGAAGGUACUGAUUACACAUUUCAGUGAAAGCAGCUGGAAUUACACAUCUAAGUUGCUGUUCAGGCAUUAUCAGGGUUCUCUUAGAUUAAAAAAAAAUAUCUGUUGGCACAAUUUAUGUAGUAAAGGAUUUUUACAUUGGGCUCUGGAACUCUCAAAAAGAGUGAACGAAGGAAAGAAAGCAAUCCGGGGGGGGGGGGGGUUAUGUAUUAAUGAUAGCAUUCCAAAUAAAACAACGCCUAAAGCUGUUCACUCGGUCUAUUCUGUGCCGUGCUGUGUUCAGGGCAGUGUAUGAAAAUGUGGGAAUCUGCGGCUAAAUUUCGGCCCUUCCAGAUGCCGCAAAGUGCUAAUACCAAGUCUUUCUGGUGGCAUUGGCUUGUGUUCUUGGAACCUCCAGCAACUGCACUCAAACUCACGUUCAGUGUUAACGGUUAUAUAUAAAGUGUUGUCUAAAUGGAUGUUUGAAUAUUUAUUGCAUAAAAGGGUUCUAUAUCUGCCAAAUCGUUUAUAGCAACUGUAGAAGAGCAUUUGUCCCAAUAAAGAACAAUCAAAACCA